AUGAGAUGCCCAAGGCCAAAUGGUGCCCAUUGCAAGCACAUACAAAAUACAAACUUCAACUGUUUAAUGGCGAACAUCUGUCAAUAUCUGCAGGUUCAAUUUUCUCCCAGCCCUCCCACAAGGCCGCCAAAUGCCCCACUGCAGCCUCCAACAGUGCCCCAAUCCAGCUGGCCACAGGCAAGGCCUCAGGAGCCCAUGAGGCACCUGAGCAACUACAUUGCAAAGGAGUGCAAGGCGGACGACAAUACCAGCUUGGAGACAGAGGAUGUCAGCAUCGUUGCCUUCUCCGACCUUAUUUGGCAAUAUGCAGACAGUGUUGCAAGGUCUGCUCAAAAGGUUAUGCGGUGCAAGAACCGCAGCACAUUGGUGCCAGAAGAUGUUGGCAGUGUGGUGUGGCAGGGCGAUGGGAUCAACAUUCCAGGUUGCACUCCCGGGGCUGUUGUGUCGUUGGGCAAGACGUCAGCACCACCCGCGAUUCACAGCCAGAGAUUGGCAGCGGCUCGGCGGACGAAUGCCCAGGUUACAAAACCAUAG